CAGUGAGGGAGACGUUUCACUGCCGCAGUCCUGGACGAAAGAAAAGACGCGCUUCUUGAAGCGAUCGGAGGAAGUGCUCCUAAUUCGGGUGAUAGGAUUUUUGCCCGCCUCUCGCAAAACCGCACAAGGAGGUGACUCGGAAGCCAGCAAGGCCGCCGUGCAGUUCCAGGACCUCGGCUCCAGCCACUGGGUUGGCACGACCAUGUCGCCCCAAGGCGGCCGGGCUCCCUCUGUCCUUUGCCUGAUUGUCAUAGCGGCCGGACUAAAUAUCUACUCCAUCUCCUCAAUGAGUACAUCUACCACCUCAAACAUAGUUUCUCCUGUAAGAGUAAAUUUAAUUGGUCACAACCUUACAUUUGACAGCAGUACAGCAACAGAUGCCACAAAAGCAGCUACGAGACCUGAUACUCUUUCCCUUACAACCACACUGGGACCUGUUGAAACGAAUAUGGGCAUGUUAUCUAUGGGUAUUGUCCCAUCAAAUACACCAGAUACGGCUGCGUCAACAACUAAUUUGUUAUCACAACCAAGCACUGGAUUACAAAGUACAGAAUACAUAUCAACCUCAGUGAUGUCAGUUGAUACCUCGGCAACAACUAGUAUUUCCCCUGCAGAAACCCUAGCCACUGCCACUUCAAGUAUCAUGAGUGUUUCAUCCACCAUCAGCAGCUCAUCUGCUCCUGAGGAACACACCAGCGCUGGGGUUACCCAUUUAUCAAGUAUAGAAGUGUCAACAGUGCCUGUGACAUCCAAGGAACACCCUACUGAAGGAACCUCCUCUGGAGACACUAGUAAUCCACUCACCACAUCAAGCCCUGUGGGGCUUACAUCUCCACAAGGGACUUUAGCCAGUAAAGCCACUAUUGAGACCUCCCCUGUAGGCAGUACCACAUUCUCCUCAGGAGUAACCAUGCAAGAGGUUCAGCGGGCUUUGAGUUCAGGAAGCAUUGCAGCUAUUACUAUAACAGUGAUUGCAGUGGUUCUGUUGGUGUUCGGCAUAGCUGCAUUUCUAAAGAUCAGGCAUUCUUCUUAUGGCAGACUUUUUGAUGACCAUGAUUAUGGAUCCUGGGGAAACUACAACAACCCUCUAUAUGAUGACUCCUAAACUAAGAACAUUAGCUAAGCCAAAACUGCUCUUAUAUUAUGAAGCACCUAAUUCACUAAAAGCACUAUGUUCUGAUAUCUUUUGACAUACGACUCCUGUGUUUUUAUUCCUCCUGCUGUUCCUUUCAGUGAACCUUUUGAGUUUAACAUAAGCUAAACUCUACAACGUGAAUUAGACUCAAGUGAUGCUUACAAUAACUCAAGUCUUAUUUAAUAAAUUACUCCAAUUUCUGCAAAAAGAUGAAGAUCUAUGGAAUGCUCUGACAAAACUGCAGUCCUUGAAUUCUUAGCAACUUACGACAGGUGAACCUUUAGUGGCAGAUUUGGCAUGAAGAAACAGUAUGGCCUUUUCAAUUGUCCAUCAGCAAACAUUUAUGGUAACAGAUUGAUACCAGAUCUUGGCUCUUGUUUUAUUUGCCUUCACCAGGUUGUCUCUGUAAGAAGAGUGUUCUUAUUAAAAUUCAAUUGAAUGUUGAACUAUCUUACAUUUCA